UCUUCUGACGAGACAGAGAUCAGGCAAGAAAAUGAAGACCAGCGUAGCUGUAAUGAGGAGCCUGGCCGCCGUAGCAAUCAUCGCUUUUACCAUCUGGACCUCAGCAGAUGCUGAGAAAGUCAGUCCCUGCUGUGUCUCUGUCUCGAGGUCCAGGGUGGUGGAACCCCUGAAAUCUUUCAGGUUACAGAAGAGUAGCCCUCCAUGCAUCAAAGCUGUCAUCCUCGAGACAGAAAGGGGACAUUUCUGCAUUGAUCCAAGACAGCCUUGGGUGCGGGAGAAGAUUGAAGAGUUUAGAAGACAACAAAGGACGACAGUGUCUCCAACCUCUGUGUCACCUCGCCUGACUUUCUCAACACCACAGAGCUCAACUGAGAGCAGUUAAAGUCUCAGAAGAAGAAUGAACCAAGCACCAAUCACUGCUCUACGACUGCACUCCAACCAACAAUGCAGUGGCAGAAUUAUACAUUUGAUAUGUAUGUUUAAAAUGUUUAACAAGGCAUUUUUUUUAAUGCUAACCUAUAUUGUAUUAAUUUAUCAUAUUUAUGGGCAGGUUUUCUUUUGAAGCAGAUUGUAUUUAUUAGAAUUUAUUGUGGAGUUUAUUUGAAGAUGUUAUUAUUUAUAAUUGAAAAGUUUAAUUUUAACCACGACAUUGUAAAUUUGCCAUUAAAUGGGCAAUAAAUGAGUCAAAUCUGAAUUAG